AUGAUCGCCAGUGGUAAUGCCCUACCACCGCCAGCAUACGGAGGAGUGUGUGACAUAAAUGUGGAAGAUCACGCACCCAUCAAGCAGCGAGCUCGUCGGAUUCCAAUCCGAUAUCUCCAGAAGCUCCAUGAGCUGCUAAAAGGGUUGCUGAAAGCAAACGUUGUGUCAUUUUCAGACAGCCAGUGGGAUUCACCGAUUGUUAUAGUCCUGAAGAAGAAUGGGGAAGACAUUCGAUUAUGCAUUGACUAUAAGAUGGCCAAUGCAGUUAUAGCCAUAAUGGAGUAUGCUAUGCCGUUGGUUGACGAUUUGCUUACACACACAGACCUGGAUUCCUAUAUGUGGUUCUGCUCACUUGACGCAGCCAGCGGAUUCUGGGCCAUAAUAAUGACUCACAGAGCUCGCAAGAUAUCAGCAUUUGUUUGCCCACUGGGGCACUUCGAAUGGCUUAGAAUGCCAUUCCGGGUUAAAAAUGCACCGAUGAUAUACCAGCGCAUGAUAGAUAACGCACUGUGGGGAUUUGUGCAGCCGAAGGGUGGAUGGCGAUUUUUCGCAGAAAAGAUGAAAACUGCGGAAGAUAUUGUGAAAAGUAAACAAGUGCAUAGUGCCGAACACUCCAUCAAUUCAUGGGGUGAAUCACCGAUAGUCAAUACCAAGUUCGCGGCAGCUCGAAGUGACGUAGAGAAUCAUGAUCCCGUGUUGAAGUUAGUGAACGAGCCGACAAUCGUCAUUUGUGCCGGUCUUUGA